AUGAGCGCCAACGGAGUCGCAGCCCCGUGAGUACUCGCAGCAACCGCCAAUGGAAGGCAUGUGUGACGCACGCCCCGCUAACCAACCACUCGAAUGUCGACAGCAAGGGCACUUUCCUCUUCACCUCCGAGUCCGUCGGUCGUGGUCACCCAGACAAGAUCGCUGACCAGAUCUCCGAUGCCGUCCUCGACGCCUGCUUGAAGGACGACCCCGCCUCCAAGGUUGCCUGCGAGACGGCCACCAAGACGGGUAUGGUCAUGGUCUUUGGUGAAAUCACCACCAAGACUCGUCUCGACUACCAGAAGGUCAUCCGUGAUGCCAUCAAGGACAUUGGAUACGAUGACUCCUCCAAGGGCUUCGACUACAAGACCUGCAACGUCCUCGUCGCCAUUGAGGAGCAGAGCCCCGACAUUGCUCAGGGUCUCCACUACGAGGAGCGCCUGGAGAACCUCGGAGCUGGUGACCAGGGUAUCAUGUUCGGAUACGCGACUGAUGAGACCCCCGAGAUGCUGCCAUUGACCAUCCAGCUGGCCCACAAGCUCAACGCCGCCAUGGAGCAGGCCCGUCUCGACAACAGCCUGCCAUGGCUCCGACCCGACACCAAGACCCAGGUCACCGUCGAGUACGAGCACGACAACGGCGCCGUCAUCCCCAGGCGUGUCGACACCGUUGUCGUCUCCGCCCAGCACUCCGCCGACAUCACCACGGAGGAGCUCCGCAAGGAGAUCAAGGAGAAGAUUGUCAAGAAGGUCAUCCCAGCGAAUCUCCUCGACGACAAGACCAUCUACCACGUGAGCAUCAUAUCCAAGCUUUGUAAACUCUGAGCUCCAUCACUGACAUUUCUCAGAUCCAACCAUCUGGCCUCUUCAUCAUUGGUGGCCCACAGGGUGACGCCGGUCUGACCGGCCGCAAGAUCAUCGUCGACACCUACGGCGGUUGGGGAGCCCACGGUGGUGGUGCUUUCUCCGGAAAGGACUACAGCAAGGUCGACCGUUCUGCUGCCUACCUCGCCCGAUGGGUCGCCAAGUCUCUCAUCCACUCCGGCCUCGCCCGUCGCGCCCUUGUGCAGUUCUCAUACGCCAUUGGUGUUGCCGAGCCACUGUCCAUCUUCGUCGAGACCUACGGCACUUCAUCCAAGACCUCCGACGAGCUCGUCCAGAUCAUCCGCGACAACUUCAACCUCCGACCAGGUGUCAUCGUCAAGGAGCUCGGUCUGUCGGAGCCCAUCUACCGCGAGACUGCCAAGAACGGCCACUUCAGCAACCCCAACUUCAGCUGGGAGAAGCCCCGCCAGCUCAAGUUUUAA